CAAACCAAGCACGUGUAGGGGAAUCUUUUUGUGUGACUCAGAUGCGUCACCUCCACCUGCUUCGCUACCAUAGAGACAGGGAAGCUCAAGGGAUUAAAUACUGUUCAGCCAGGCCGAGCCAACAAUUAAGUUAGGUAUCUCUAACUAUCGCUAGCUAGCUCUCUUGAUACCAUUGAUUGAGACCCGAUCACUGUUAUACGUUCAUGUGUAUGGCCCCGUAUUGAGUGUUAGCUCGAAUAAUACAAGCUGAACUGCAUUUUUGAGAAACAGUUGGCAUCAAAACAACUGAAGAACUUGGGAAAACAUUAGCUAGCAAGCUAACAACAAAGCUAUCUUAUCGUCAUGUCUGCUGCUCAGAUUGAGCAAGAUAAUUCAAUGGCCAGUUCGAAGUGGCUUGAUGCACAUUAUGAUCCUGUGGCGAAUCUCUACACCUUUUCGUCGUGCAUGGCUCUAGCCGACUUGCAUGGAGAUGGUGAGAGCAAGCUUGUGGUUGGUGAUCUUGGCACAGGUACGAAUAACAUGAAGCUCAGGGUGUACCAUGGCACUGGAUUACUGAGUGAGAACACGCUGCUCGACCUGCCCACCGGCCUGGUGUCUUUCCUCAUGGAUCAGCAUGAGCCACGCACACCUGCCAUAGCAGUGGCAUCAGGCCCUUUUAUCUACGUGUACAAGAACCUCCGCCCAUACUUCAAGUUCACCCUGCCCUCGCUGGAGAUCAAUGCACUAGAACAGGAUGUGUGGAUUCAAGCGAGACAGGACAUGAUUGACACCAUGUCCCUGAAGGAAAUGUUGGAGGGAAUAAGGGACAAAGCUGAAAUCCCCCUCUCAGUGAGGUCAUUGAGGUUCCUCAUGCUGGAACCACAAGACAUGGAAGCUUUUGUGAACUUGCACAAAGAACAGCCUUUACGUAGACAGACGGUCAUCACAUGCAUAGGUACACUGAACAAGAAUAUGGCAGAUGAAGAUGCAGUCAGCUGUCUUGUGAUUGGCACAGAGAAUAAGGAUGUCUUUAUUCUGGACCCAGAGGCCUUUACCAUCCUCUCCAAGAUGUCCUUGCCGAGUGUGCCUACUAUGAUGGACGUGACGGGUCAGUUUGAUGUUGAGUUUCGCAUCACGGUGGCGUGUCGCAAUGGAAACAUCUAUAUCCUGCGUAGAGAUUCUCUGCAGCCCAAGUACUGCAUUGAGCUGUCGGCUCACCCCGUGGGCUUGGUGAGGAUGGGGAAGAAUGUGGUUGUGGGAUGUGCUCAGGAGACCUUGCAAGGUUACACACAGAAGGGGAAGAAGUUGUGGACCGUCUACCUGCCCGCCCCCGUGACCACUAUGGGGGUGAUGGACCUCCCCACACGGGGUUUCCAGGCGGUUCUGGUGGCCCUGGCCAGCUGUGAGGUGCAUGUGUAUCGGGACAAAAAUCUCGUGAGCACGAUCAAGACUCCGGAUGUGGUUACCAGCAUUUGCUUUGGUCGAUACGGGCGAGAAGAUGGCACCUUAAUUAUGACUACCAAAGGUGGAGGUUUGAUCGUGAAGAUCCUGAAGAGGACGGCUGUCUUUGAGGACAGGGACUCCGCCCCUGGGCCUCCUCUGGCUCAAAGCAUCCGCCUCAACGUCCCCAAGAAGACCAAACUGUACGUGGACCAAACCAUGAGGGAGAGGGAGAAUGCUGUGGCUAUGCACAGGGCCUUCCAGAUGGACCUGAGCCGGCUCCGUCUGGCUGCAGCACGGGCCUAUGUGAAGGCUCUAGAGUCCAGCCUCGCCCCCAUGUCAGCCAGCAUCACCGAGCCUCUCAAGAUGAACGCAGUGGUUCAGGGUCUGGGCCCGUCCUUCAAGCUCACUCUGAACAUCCAGAACACAGCUGCCAGUCGUCCGGUCAUGAACCUAGCCGUCUGUUUCCUGUUUGACGAAGGCCUCUACAGCAUGAGAACAGCCUUCUUCAAGAUCCCACUGCUGGUCCCCGGCCUCAACUAUCCGAUCGACACGUUUGUGGAGUGCCUGAGCGACAAAGGCAUUUCCGACAUCAUCAAAGUGUUUGUCUUAAGAGAGGGGAAGAGCGCCCCCCUACUGACGGCCCACAUUAACAUGCCUGUCAGCGAGGGCCUGCCUCUCAACUGAAGCGAAUGCACAGGUCAAGACGGAGAGAUCAGGAGCGCACCUGGAAAUGCGCUAACCUUUAGCUGCAAGGCUGUCACCAGACGACCCUAUGGAUGGAGCGCCCAGCUUGAGCUGCCCUUACAGGCUUCCGUAGUGUAGGUGGAUGAGGGCUGCUUGCCCACGAGCAGACCGACAGUGAGUUAUACCUCAGAUAUGGGACACAGUAGUUUGUGAUGGUGCUGGACCAUAGAUUACAUAUGGAUGGUUACUGAAGAGAAUACCUUGUGUCUUGAAUGUAUGUGUACAGAGUAGUAAUAUUUCUAUAUAUAUGUAUUUCUAUAUAUAUAUGUCAAAUCCACUUUAUUUAUUAUGCUAUUUACUGAGAACUUUUUAAAUGCUCGUUUUUGAAGAUGUCUAAAUUUAAACAGUACUCAUUAUGUUUUUCUAUGAUGGUUUGUGACCUUUAGAGAUGAUUUAUUUAUUUUUAUUGAGUGAUUUGUCUCCUCACCAGCAGGGAGGGACACCGAGCACAUUCCAAAAUAUUGCAGUGAUUUGAACAUGAUUUGCAUAUGAAAUACCAAGACCGUCAAACUGAAGCUAGAAAGCACACACACAUAUUGGAUAUUUGUGCUGAGGUUAAUACUGCAGAUGAUGUACUUUGCACAGCAUAUGUCCCACAAAUCAUGUUCUUUGGUUUAGCUAGAUACUUGUGAACAUGCACUGCUUAAAUGUUACAUGUCUGAUGUCUGGCUAACUCAAGAAAAAGGGAAUUUGGCAAUAAAGGACUUCAAUCCGUUAAA